AUUUAGCAUCAAUAUGAUUACCUUCAACCAACUAAAGUACAAUACUGUGUGCCAUACAGUAGGCCAGGUGCCUUGAAUCAGGCUGAUCCUCAUGCUGAUCUUCCUAACAACUUGAAGUGUCAUCUACUACAUCAGUAUAAAAAUGCACGAAGAUACUAUUUUCAAGAUAUCUGGUAGCAUCGACUUCUACGAUAUGCUCAUGCUUGAAAAAUUGGAUGAAAAACAGGAGGAUUGGAAGUUCUCUGAGAUCUCUACUAUUGGAAAUGGUGAAAAGGUUCAGGAAAUCAUCAUGAAUGAUCACUUCUUCCAAGAGAAACCUCUUAAAAUUACUGGAUUUAGCGGGGAUGUGUAUAUCAGGAAGGAUUAUGAUUUUGAACAGGAUAUUCAGGCUAAGCAGCAAGAUUCAAACCAUACUUUUCUAUUUAAAGAUUUCCGACAUCUUGACAGAGGAGCUACUAGAUUCCCUUAUAAAUACCUCAGAGAACAAAAUGAGGGAACUGAGCAAUCCACGAAUAAGAAGAGCUCUACACAAUCCCCAUCAUAUUUCAUCUAUGACGAGCAAAUCUUACCAGAAGAGAAACAAAAUUCUGAAAAGGAGGAGGAACAGAGCAAUGACGAAACUACUAUAAAACCAUUCGACGAGUUAUUCAAGGUUUCUUCUAUCAUAUAUGGUGAAUCCCUCCUACCAUUCUACACAAAACCAGCUGAACAAACAGUUCAGAAAAUUAUCUGUAAUAUUGGCCUCAAUGACACGAAAGAGGAGCUUGUGGGUAAUUUAAACGUUUCUGUAGUGAAUCACCUUUUCCUAAGGUAUCUGUACUUGACUAACCGUUUCACUGAUGAUAAUUCAGUAAUCUCUGAAUUAGACCUCUUCAAUACAGAUAAAGAUUAUGGAAAAUCCCGUAGCUUUGACUAUAGCAUGAUUAACCAUGUUACUCUGAAGCCCGGCGAUUGUUUAUAUCUCCCUGCUAACUGGUGGCUACAGCUACAUAAUAGAAUGGACUUAAAGCUCAGCGGACAGAAGAGUCCUCUUUUCGAGAAUAAUUUACCUGACGAAGAAAUACCAACUAAUGUGAGAUGGGUAGAGUAUAAGUAUUAGACACGUGUGAAAUUAAACAUUCAA